UUGCCAGUGAGAUUGUACGUUAUUUUGUAAUUACUAUUGGAUUAGCUCGCAUCAAGCCGCGGGUUUAUCCUGCGAGGCCGGAGAUUUGCGCCUCGGGGGCGGGGAGGAGUCCUCCGUUAUUCCACCUCCGUUAUUCCACCGUCAGCUGAGGAGCGCAGGGCCGGUAUGUCGGUGUGGUAACAUCGCAGUCACCUCGAGGCAGGACUCCAUGAGCUGGUAGAGGAUGGAUGUGGAGGUGAGUGCUGGCAGGGACAGCACCUGGAGGAGGGCAGCAGCAGCAUCCGCAGCAGCAGCAGCAGAUGAUGAUGAUGGAGGAGGAGGAGGAGGAGGACGAGGAGGCAUGGAGGCUCAGAUCGUACCACUGGAGCUCUAUGACUCUGCCAGGGCCAAAAUAGAAGCAAAUCUCCGCUGGUUGUUUGCCAAAGCCUAUGGAAUCGACAACGUCCCUGCAGACCAGCGAAACCCCUUCUACACCGACCAGUAUGAGCAGGAACAUAUCAAGCCCCCCAUCAUCCGCCUGCUGCUGUCUGGAGAGCUCUACUGCCGUGUGUGUGGGCUCAUCCUGCACGCUGAGCAGGCUGCCUCGCUCCAGAGCCACCAGUCUGUCAUCCAGGCCCUGUCCAGGAAAGGCCUCUAUGUCCUGGAGGCUGACAACACCCCCGUUUCUGAUCUGGACCUCAGCUCUGCUCCCUUAAAGAUGAGCUCCCACAUCCACCUCAUUGACGCCCUGAUGAUGGCCUACAUGGUGGAGAUGAUCAGCAUAGAGAAGGUUGUGUCCAGUGUCAAGCGCUUCUCGAACUUCAGUGCCUCUAAGGAGCUCCCUUUUGAUAUGGAAGACGCAAUGCUUUUCUGGAUCAACAAGGUGAACAUAAAGAUGAGGGAGAUCACAGAGAAAGAGCUGAAGAUGAAGCAACAUCUGCUGGAGUCGUCCAGUCAUCAGAAGUCUCCCUCCAAAUGGUACUGGAAGCUUGUACCAGUGCGAUACCGCAGAGAUCACCUGUCAGGUCGGACACUUCAGCACUUCCCCCUGCUGGACGACCUUUUGAAGGACGUGUGUGACGGAACAGCUCUGCUGGCUGUGAUCCACUUCUAUUGCCCUGAACUCAUCAGACUCGAAGAUAUCUGUCUGAAGGAGGUUCCUUCCAUAGCAGACAGCAUGUACAACAUCGAGUUACUGCGGGAGUUUUCUAAUGAGUACCUGAGCAAAUGCUUCUACCUGAAGCCCGAAGACAUGUUGUAUUCUCCACCGGUCCUGAAGAAUAACAUGAUGGUCUAUAUUGCUGAGCUGUUCUGGUGGUUUGAGAGCGUGAAGCCAGACUUUGUUCAGCCCAGGGACCUUCACGAAAUCAGAGACGUGAGAUUGUUGCUCCAGCCUAAAGCUUCUCGAUCUCAUACACCAAUCUCCAACGUCACAAAACGUAGUUUCCUGACGUCAUCCAACUCCGCUGAUGUCUUGUCCAUGCCCCAGAGCUCUGACCUCAGCUCUUUACAAGGCACUUCAAGCUCCUCUCAAUCUUUACUGCCCUUGAGGCAGAGACAACAGAAGGUGCUUGAGGAGAGCACUUCAGUGCUCAGAAAUAGGUCUGUCUCUAUGGCUCGUGCAGAUGGGCCGCACCAGGGCUCAGUAUCGGCCUGGCAAGAGAGGAGGCAGAGGCCUUUAUCGCAGCCAGUGCCCUAUGCCCUGCAUUAUCCCAUGGAGGACGACGCCGACAGUAUCAGCCUUGCUCGCUCCAUCAGCAAAGACAGCUUGGCCUCGAACAUAAUGAGCAUUACCCCGAAACACAUGCUGGGGUCAGGUCCUCGUCUGUCUCACCACAGACUCAGUGGUCAGAGCCUUCUGAGUCACAUACGCAUAGAAGACGAAGAGGAGGAAAUAGAAGAGGAGGAACUUGUCGCUGUGAUCCACCCCUAUGCAUUUUCUCGACAUCGGCUUGGCAGUGACAUGGAACAAGAUGAGCUAGAAAUCCAGGAUGCAACCUCCACCUCAAAGGUUUCUAACCCUCAUUGCUCUCCUCGCCCUGACCCUGGUUGUUUUACUUCGGAUCAUCAGGCAGACAGCUACUAUCUGGAGCCUCUGAUGCCUGCCAUCUCCAAGCCAGCGAAAGAGAAGAGUAUCAGCCUGAACAAGCAGGAAGAAAGUGGUGAGGGUCGCUGUAGAGCAGCGGCUGCAAGGAAAGCGGCCGCCAUUGUCUCGAAAACGUCACAGAGAAUGUCCCCUGGGGCUGAGUCUAACAGAAGUACCUUUACAUUACCUGUUGCAGAGUCAGUGCCUAGCUGCCUCAGGCCGCCCACUGAGGGUUCAUUGGGCAAUUCUCCGCCCGGAAAACAACAGUCCCAAGGAUUUUUCCUUCAUCUGUCGCCGGAGCACCACAGUUCUUUCUCCAAUACACUUGAGGUGGGAUACGACUCUGACUCAGACAUUGCAGACCUUGAGGAAGAUGAGGAGGACGAUGAUCAGAUAGAGCAAACAAGAGAAGUGAUGAAGAGAGGAAAGGGAAAAUAUUUAUAUGAGGGGGAGGUGUGUGAAUUCGGUGAGGGCGAGUCAGCCAAGUUGAAAGAAGACUUGAAGGUGAGUGAGCGGGACGAUAAGGAAGGCGGCAGUGGACGCUCGAGCCCUUGCCUCAGCACCGCAUCCUGGGCAAGCAGCUGCAGCGCUUCGGGCAGCGCCAGUGUCAAGAUGACCAGCUUCGCAGAGAGAAAGCUCCUGAAACUUGGCCUCCGGGAUGGAUUUUCUAGUACCAGUAGCUCCCAGAAGACCACCCCUGAUGGCUCUGAGAACAACCCCUGCCCUCCCUGGCAACUGAAGACUGACUGCACCUCCAGUUGGCUUGGGAAGGAGCCUGGUUCUGGGCUGGGGAAUACUAUGAUGGGGAGCCUCCCAGUAGUGCCUUCAGAACUGCUGCAACUUCACAUGCAGCUAGAAGAACAAAGACGUGCAAUCGAAUAUCAGAAGAAGAAGAUGGAGACCCUGUCAGCACGGCAGAGACUAAAGCUAGGGAAAGCUGCUUUCUUGAACAUCGUCAAGAAGGGUGGAGGCAAGAGUGAAACACUUCCUUUGCCCCUGAAACACUCCCAGGAAUCUGAAACAGCUGCUUAUAGGAAUAAAGUGAAGUCCCUGUCCAGCAGGGAUGACUCUUGUCUGGAUAAGCUGAAGGUCCAAGCAAAGAUGGGCCAUCAAGAGGGAGCACACAUGAACAGAGUCAACAAGCUGAGCACCCUGUCUCAAAAUAAUGGGGCUGAUCCUGGCUGCCCUGAGUAUUCCCGCUCCAUAGAUCUUCUCAAUGACGCGAUUAGUUCCAUUCAGCAGCAGAUGAUGCAGCUCUCGUUACAGCAGAACCUGCUGAUGAAGCACAGUGUGGCCUCACCUCCAGAACGAGUAGAAUCUGUAGCUAGCCCAACCCGCACAACCCCCACAACCCCCACAAGGACACAAACAACAUCCACCACCUCUACCUCAGAGUCCAAAUCUUUUGCAGUCCACUUUGUAGAUAUCGGUGGCGGCAGUUCUCUCCCUGUAGGCCGACCUCCUAAGCUUAGCUCCAGCCGCAGCAAAGCCUUGGAGAGAAAACAGAAUAAAGAGAACAGCAAGCUGGCCUCUAUAGCGGCCUCUAAUACUGAGACCCCAGAGUGCACUCCCUCUCCUAGUGAAAGUCCAUGUGGAGACCAGGGGACCAAGGCUUCUAUGGAGAGCUCCAGGUUAGAGAGAAACAUUCAGAGAAAGAGCACCUUCAGAGUCCAUGGCUUAGCUGCAGAACGAUUAACGCGCCUGCAAGACCAACCCCAGUCCCAGGACCCACCAGUCAUCUCCGGUACAACUGUAUCUGCCUCACAGGCGGCAGAUCCAGAAGAAGCUGACAACUCAGGAAAAGAGGCUUUGGCUGGAGAAGAGAGUACCAGGGUCAAAGGUCAGCUGAUUGAGGUCGACCUGUCAGAGCUUAUUGAUACACUGGAGGACGGCAAUCAAGAUGGCACAGACUGCACAGCAGAGGGCGAGCAGAAUAUUGGGCUGGGCUUCUUCUUUAAGGAUGAGGAGAAGGCAGAAGAUGAAUUGGCGAAACGUCGCGCUCACUUCCUCCUCAAACAGCAGCGCAAAGCUGAAGAGGCGAGACUACGCAAACUACAACAGGAAGCCGACAGUGAGCUCAAACGUGAUGAGAUACGGCGGAAGGCGGAAGAGGACCGUGUGCGUAAGGACGAAGAGAAGGCGCGGCGAGAGCUAAUUAAACAAGAAUACCUGCAGAGGAAGCAGGAGUCCCUGAUGGAAGAGCAGGGUCAAGGUCAGGUCAAGCCCCGUCCAAGGAUGAAGUCCCGCAGGAGCAGGCCGAAAUCCCUCCACCGUGAAGAGUACAACAGCCUCUCCAAAGGAUACACCACACGUAAUUCUCUGAAGGUGUCCAUGUUGAUCAAAGCCCAGGGCUCAGCAGCAGGCUGCGGGGGAGCCGAUCUGAGCUGCAGUCAUCGAGGAUCGACGCUCUCUCUGGCGACGGAGACAGACAGUGUGAUAUCCGGAGGGGCAGAGCCGCAGAGGGCUGCUUCUGUUUGCUCUGUGGAGUCAUUCCCGAUGCUGAGCAGAGCAUCCAGCAGGAACAUGGAGAGGGACUGGGAGAACGGCUCCAUAGCCUCCUCCAUCAUGUCCACCGAGUACAACGGUCCUAAACUCUUCAAGGAGCCGAGCUCUAAGUCCAACAAGCCAAUCAUCAUCAAUGCCAUCGCUCACUGCUGCCUGGCUGGAAAGGUUAAUGAGGGCCAGAAGAAUGUUAUUCUGGAGGAGCUGGAAAAGUGCGACGCCAACCACCUGAUCAUCCUCUUCCGUGACGGCGGGUGCCAGUUCCGCGCCAUUUACUCAUACUCCCCAGACACAGAGGAGAUCGUCAAGUUCACCGGCACCGGGCCGCGCAACAUUAGCCGGAAGAUGAUUGACAAGGUCUAUAAAUACAGCUCUGACCGCAAGCAGUUCACUGCCAUCCCCACCAAGAGCGUGUCGGUCAGCGUGGACGCCCUGACUAUCCACAACCACCUCUGGCAGAUCAAGAGACCAGGGAGCGCACGGAGGAAGUGAGAGGGAAAAGAAACCCUGAUUUCCAGCUUCUGUUUAUUUACAUGCGUUGGGCCGGACCCAAUAAUCCUGGAAAUGAUUGACAUGCGAUCAUGUUAGAUGGAGGGCGUAGAUGUCAGUGUGUGGCAGUGCAAGAGUGUGAACCACCUGCCAAUUGAAUGCAUUCCUUUAUUAUUUUUUUAAUUUAUUUUUGCUUUUCUCCUGCUUGUCACACUGAUUGGAUUUGUUGGGACGUCCUACAGUGACUAGGCACCGUUCAUGAUGGAUUCUUAUGUAGCAGCGAAGAGGAGAUGGACCCUGGAGUCGAUUACUGCUGAAUACUACUGACAAAAGCUAACACACACUUAUACCAAGUGCGACUACAGACAGGCAGUGUUGAACAAUCACUCGACAAUAUACCGUAACGUUUGCUAUUUCAGCUCGGCAAAAAAUGUACACCUUCAGCUGUGAUUAUUAUGAGUCCGGGUUCGACAUACAGAGCUCCUGUUUGUUCACCAGUAACUUCUACUGGUCAAUGCUUUUCUGAAAGUAAAGAAACUUUUCUAUGUAAGUAUGGGAUGGAUGUUAGUGAGUGGUCCACGUCCAGUGUUGUUUUUCUAUUUUAGUGUGUUUGAGGAAGU